AUGAACAGACUGUUCAAUUCAAGUGGCUUGAUGAGCAGAAUGAGUUCUCGAAACUAUCAAAUGCCCCUUGAAGCCUACAAUUCUGAGUACAUCUCUUCGAACCACAGCACAUUGUCGAAUAUCGAAGGAGAACUUCAGCAAGAUGGAUCGAUGCCAUGGGGCCUCAUUAUCUUUUACAUCCUUUUCUCUCUCUUUGCCCUACUGACGAUCCUUCGUUGGACAGAUCUGCAACUCGGCAUUUUCCUUGCUUUCAUCGACAGCGGCCGAUGGCGAACAUACUUUGGAAUGGAAGCAACCAGACUACAUGGCCAGGGCAACUUCAAAAAGGUCGAAUUUGGGGGCAACGCUCCGUCAGUGAAGGUGGUGAAAAAGGUUCGAUUCUACGACGAUACGACUAUCGUUGAAGACAUUGAGCAGGUGGAAGCGAGGAGCAAUGGAGUCGAUUGUGCUGACCAAGAUCAAACAAAGCGCGGAUGA